CAUAAUGAACAGACUCGGUCACGAAACCAUUGGCAGGUCAGGUGAAAACAGCUUCCGCAUUUCUUUUGGAAGCCACCUCUUGAUUAUCUGAGGAGUGGAAAGUAGGUUUUAUCCAGAAUUUGAGAAGAAAUAAGAAUCAGGUCAGCAAUGUUCAAGUGAACUAUAGUCUUAGGUAAGCUAGUGCAACCUUCAGAACAGACAAAAAAAAUUUAUUCCCUCCCCCACUCUCCCACUGUGUCACCGGAACGCCAAACAGAUGGUCAGCAUACAGGCUACAAAAGAGGCUAUGUUACUUCCCCCAUCAACAACAUUCUCUGGACAGCUUACAUUCGACCCUUAUUCAGUUUAAAUCCUUGUCUUAUAAAUUCUCAAGUAGGCACAAAUAUUGCACAGCCUACAUAAAAUCUUGAGGCCUGGAACUCUCCAAGAAGACGCACAUACUACUCUUCAAAGUAGCAUCAUGGAGAACGCCCAGCAGGAACAAAAGGCAAUGGAUUGGUUACGAGCUUCAAUGAUGUCUUUGUACCCGGAUCUGGAAAAGCGGUCUUACUUCCUUCCACCGGUCCACUUCAACCAUGAGGCUUUCCAAAGGAAGAACAUUGCUGGCCAGGUCGUUCUGGUGGCCUCUGGUAAGAAGGACCCCGAGAAAGUGACUCUUCCACACCAUGUGAUUCCCCUCAACCGUUUAACAGAUUCUGAGCCUCCCGACCACGUACUCCAGGAAAGCCACGUCCGCGAGGACAUAUCCCACCAGCACGUCCUUCACUGCUUGCAGGCGCUGGCUGAGCACGGUCCUCAGGAGGUCAUGUUCGUCAUCUCUAAGCUCAGCUACUCAAAGUACCUCAGCAAACCUUCCUUCGCUGAGGCGGCCCAAAGGUUACCAAGGCCGUACACUCUGCCCAGGCAAUACCGACGAGGUGAGUUCAACAUUCUGGUGAUCCACCAGCGCUAUGGGAUCCUCGUUGGAGAGGUCAAAGCCGUGGGCCUGAACGCCGGCGACCUGAACAAGCCUCAGAAGCAGGCAGAUGAGGACAUCGCCAGGCGCGUGGAGAAGGCAGUCAAGCAGCUGGACAAAGCCCAGAAGAUGGUCACGCACCUGGUCAGCGACCUCUCCACGUCUUUGUGUGUCCACAAAACAUUGAUGUUGCCUUACGUCAGCUGCAAACAGCUGCAGAAUGUGCUGGCUGCACACUCACAACUGAAAGAAGUAUGCUGCCAGUUCCUGGGGGUGGCUACCAUUGCGGAAGUUGUUGAACUGUGUUUGUGUUCCGAUCUCGUGUCGGACCGCUCGAGCCCGUGGCUCACAGAAGACUGUCUGCCAAGACUUCAGCAGUGGUGGCGACGUUUGAUGGCGAAGAGAGAGGAUGAGGUCAUGACCAAUGAACUAUACGUGGAUUUGGUAACUAGGUUCGGGGGUCCAGCGACUACCGUCGACAUUUACUGCGUCAACCCUCCCCGCCUGGAGGUUCGGACCGAAGGACAAGGUGUAUCCGAGACAGGGGAAAGGCUGACCCGUUUGAUCCUGACCCCAAACCAAGUCAACCUGCUGACCAGCGAAUCCUCCAGACUGGUGGCCUUGGAGGGACCGCCAGGAACUGGCAAGACGGUGAUGCUGGUGCUGGUGGGACUGCAAUGGCUGCUAGAGGGUAGGAAUGUCUAUGUGGUCAGCCUGCACCUGGGCAGCCGCGCAGCCUCGCGCCUCAUCCAUCACCAGCUGACCACGACCUUGACCCGCGCGGAUCACACGGAGGCCGUGCCGCGCGCCGGGAAGGCGCACCUGAUGCUCUUCAACCUCCUGGAGGGGAAGGCUGACGUCAUCAACACCAUGAGGAAGGUGUCGGGUGGUGGCGACCUGUAUGUCCUGUGCGACGAGUUUUGCAGCGAAGAUUUUGACAAAGGUGCCACAUGUUUCAAGGAGUUUGUCACCCAGUUGUCUGACGCUGUACCUCAUCUACACCUGUGGGCGGCAGCGAUGAGGUACAGUGCAAAAUCUCUGCCUGGCUUUCAGGUGGAGUCUCUGACGGUACCCCUAAGGUGUACCCCUGUAGUGCAGCGUGAAGUGGAACUGGCUAUGGAGAAGAUGGAGAAGAUGGAGAGGGUGUCUGGCUUACCCCUGAGGUACACAACAAACGCCAUACCCGCUGCGUGUGACGGACCUGGCAUUAUUCGUAUUCUUCACAAGGAACAUGACCACCAGGGGCAGAAUCCUGCUGACUGCUAUCAAUGUGGGCAGAACAUAGCCCAUGUGCUACACCACCAGUUGCAGGUUGGCCAGUCUGCACUACCGACUAACAUCGAUGAAGACAUCGCCAUCCAAAGCAUUCCUCCUCCAGGCCUUGAGUAUCGGGAUGUGUUUGUGCUGAUAAACGCACAUCUUCAAGACGACAGCGUCAACAGUGAGGGUCAAGAGGUUACACUUGCUAGCCCCCUGGUGCAGGGCCUCCGAGAUGCAAGUUUGCCCAUUGCUGUCGUGAAGAACUGGGGCAAUGACCGGACGGGCUGGGAAGGCAGCAUUGCUGAAGUGGCGACCAGUAUUCGGAAUGAAAUCACGGUGGCCAACUUCUGGGAGCUAGCUGGGCUGGAGAGGAAAGUGGUCGUUAUAGUACAGGGAAGAUUGCCUGCUGAAAUGGAUGACCAUAAGACGAACAAUAAAUUGGAUAAGAAAAGAAAGUUGCAGAUGCUGGUAGCAAUGUCCAGAUGUACUUCGCAGCUCAUAGUGGUGGAAGCUUCGUGAAGUGAAAAUAUGUGAUACCAACUGUCCAGUAAGCCCCAAACAAGAAGUGUCUAUCCACGAAAAGCUGCUUAAUACAAACAUACUUGUGACCAUCAAAUGACAUUGGUAAUACUGCUUGACAGAAGGAAAUAGAUCUCACUUAUAAAAAGUCUAGUAACUUUUCUACGAAAUGGUUAAGAAUUAAGGAAAGAAUAAAAGGUACUUUAUUUAUUUAUCCCUUUAAUACAGUUAUAAAUUCACAAUAGAAGUUUUUAAUCACUCGGAACAGUCCAGGCAGAUACAUAGCACCAUUAAUAAAAUAUUGAAAUGAAGACAAAUGAAUGAAGUAGUUACAACAAUAAGGAGACUAAGAUAGCAGGUGUAUUGGUGAAUGAUGUGGAGUGUUCUGUUAGUGUUAGUAUAAAAACGGCACUAAUGGAUAUCGAAAGUUAUCAAGAGAUGACUACUGGACUCGUACGUAGAAUUCUUGCUUUCCGUACAACUGCGUCAGAAAAAUUAGGUUACUAACAACGAUGUUACUUGCUCAUACAUUUACAAAUAUAAUGUGAAUUCGAUCAUUCUGAAAUAUUAAAAAUGUUUCAAUA